AUGGGUGUCACCGGCCUCUGGACGGUCGUUCAGCCUUGCGCUCGCCCCAUCAAACUCGAAACGCUAAACAAGAAACGACUAGCUGUCGACGCGUCAAUCUGGAUAUAUCAAUUUCUGAAAGCGGUGCGGGACAAGGAAGGUAAUGCGCUCCGAAACUCUCACAUCGUUGGAUUCUUUCGCCGCAUAUGCAAGCUGCUAUACUUCGGGAUCCGUCCCGUCUUCGUCUUCGAUGGGGGUGCUCCUGUCAUGAAAAGGCAGACAAUCGCCGGUCGGAAAAAGAAACGUGAAGGCCACAGGGAAGAUGCUGCGAGGACGGCGGGAAAGUUGCUUGCCGUACAAAUGCAACGCAGUGCGGAGGAGGAGGACACUCGUCGACGCAACAAGACCCAGGUACAAGAAGAGGAAGAUGUGCCGGAUGCACCAGUCUACGCAGAGGAGGCUUUUAUGACAGAGACUGAAAAGCAACAGAGCCGCAAGUUCAAGAAAAAGGACGCGUACCACCUACCUAAUCUAGACGUCUCACUUGAAGAUAUGGGGGCACCAAACGAUCCACGCAUCAUGUCCCAAGAGGAGCUAGAGGAGUAUGCGAGACACUUCCACCAGGGUCAAGAUAUCAACCUUUACGACUUUUCCAAAAUCGACUUCGACAGCAUGUUUUUCCUUAGUCUGCCCGCCACUGAUCGCUACAAUAUCUUGAAUGCAGCGAGGUUAAGAAGCCGACUUCGAAUGGGAUAUUCAAAAGAGCAGCUAGAUACCAUGUUUCCUGACCGCAUGGCAUUCUCGAGGUUUCAAAUCGACCGCGUUGCAGAACGUAAUGACCUCACGCAACGAUUAAUGAAUAUCAACGGUAUGAACGGAGAAGAAGCAUUUUUCAACUCUGGAAAGCGGAUUGCAGGAGAACGUGGCAGAGAAUACGUGCUUGUCAAGGAUCGCGAACAUGAAGGUGGCUGGGUCCUAGGUGUUGUGGGAAACAAGGAAGGCCAUGAAGAGAAGCCCAUCGAUAUAGAUCGACCUGAGAUACAAUCUGACGAGGAUGAAGUGUCGGAAGAAGAUGAGUUUGAGGACGUUCCAAUCGAAGGUCUCAACCGACUGCCCAAACUUCCUUUCCUUCGAGAGGGUGUAUUCGACCGGUCGCUUCAACUACAAACGGAGCAAAAUAUAGACAUGAAAAGAGCUACACAAGAAUCACGUCAGGUUGCACAGCGACAGUCAGUGAAUCAACAUCGUGCACAGGAGGUUGAAAACGACUCGCUUUUUGUUGAAGCCGAAGGAAAUAUUGGUGCUGAGCAGCAGAACAAGGACACUGACGAGUUUUUCGAUGGCGACGACGAUGACCUUGAACGAGCUAUUGCGCUUUCAUUACAACCAGAAGAAGUCGACGACGACGAGACACUUGGCAUGUCUGAUAUGCCCAUUCAUCGACCGGUAAAAUCCGUUCCGUCUUACGAGGCGGUGCCAGAUAUUGAUUCCGAGAGCGAUGAUGGCAUGGACUUUACUGCUGCCAUAGCAAGAACAAAAGUCUCGAAGAAAGCCUCAUAUGCACCAAAUCCAUUUGGAGGUCCUCUCCCUUUUGAGUCCAUCAAACUCACUAAAGUCGCUAAGAAUGAUGACAAAGCUGACCCACUUCCUCCGUGGUUUGUUGGUGAGCCCUCGGAUUCGGGAUUCAUUGUUGAUCCCAUGGAAGAUCCUGAAAAGGAUGAGGACCAAAUUACGGCGCCAGAUCAUAUGUUCCUGUCCAAUCGUCGCUCACCGGACAUUAUCGAUGUUGACGAAAUUUCCGCCAAUAAUGAAGUGGUUAAUCUAGAGGCGGAAGAGGAGGAUGGAGAUGAGAAGUCCGAACAUCAAGACAACAAACCCGCACACGUCUUCCAAGUGGAGGAUAUCGAAAAGGUUUAUAAUGAACUGUCUACCACAAAUCUUGAUGAGAAGAAGCCUUUGAGCGAACCAGCUCCAGCUCAGAUCAAUAUUGAUGAGACGGUACCUGGGCGUCCUGAAACACAAGUUCAAGAAUUAGUCCCCGCGCUUGAUGAUCGGUCUACUCGCAGCGAACAUUCUCCUUCCCCGGAAUUUGAAGAUGUUGUUCCUCAGCAACCCACUCAAGGCCCUGAGAUCACUGUUGUAUCUCAUCAGAAGGCCCAGCCCGAGCCUCAGCUCUUCGAAAACGUCGAGGAAGCUUUCGUGCAGGAUCAAGCCGAUUACAGUGACCCAGAGGAUGAAGAUUUGUUCAAACAGCUUGCAGCUGAGGGCGAAGAGCAUGUUCGAUUUGCGAAUACUCUUAAUUAUGCUGCUCCCAACCAGGAAGCCUUCGAUUACGAGCAGGAACUGAAGCAACUCCGAUCUCAGCAGAGAAAUGAGCGUCGCGAUGCAGACGAGGUCACUACUAUUAUGAUUAAUGAGUGUCAACAGCUCUUAGCGCUCUUCGGGUUGCCCUAUAUCACCGCACCUAUGGAAGCUGAAGCGCAGUGCGCCAAACUUGUAUCGCUAGGCCUUGUAGACGGGAUCGUCACGGAUGACAGUGACAUCUUCCUCUUUGGUGGAACGCGAGUCUACAAGAACAUGUUUAAUCAAAGUAAAUUCGUCGAGUGCUACUUGACGUCCGAUUUGGAGAAAGAGUAUGCCCUCCAUCGGCAGAAGCUUAUUAGCUUUGCUCACCUCUUGGGCAGCGAUUAUACAGAAGGCGUCCCCGGAAUUGGUCCUGUCACAGCUCUAGAGAUACUCACCGAGUUUUCCAGCCUGGAAGAGUUCCGCAAUUGGUGGGCCGACUUGCAAAUGGGUACGCAUAAUGCAGAAGAUCCCCACCUUGCCUUCCGGAAGAAAUUCCGAAAGAAGGCAUCCAAGAUUUUCUUGCCGCCUUCAUUCCCAGAUCCCAAAGUUGACGAGGCAUACCUGGAACCUGUGGUUGAUAACGACCCUUCCCAAUUCCAAUGGGGUGUUCCUGAUUUGAAUGGGUUACGAUCCUUCCUCAUGACGACAAUCGGCUGGAGCCAAGAGCGGACGGAUGAAGUACUGGUACCGGUCAUUCGCGACAUGAACCGGCGAGAGCAGGAAGGUACACAGUCAAACAUCACUCAAUUCAUGCAAGGUCCACAGGGCGCGGGUGCGUUUGCGCCUCGUGUUCGCACAGGUGGACCCAGCCGCAUGGAAAAGGCAUUUAGUCGACUACGUCAGGAAGCUCAGACAGGCGGAACUUCCGUGGAUAACGAACCAGCUAUCGGGGACAAAGAGACAGAAGAAGUCUCUGUUUCCCAAAACAAAGGCAAAAGAGGUACGUCAACUGGCAAGAAGGCUGGCACAAAUAAGAAGCGAAAGACCCGUCGCGCCUCUCUUGAGCCAUGA